CUGUCAAAGCUUCUCCCCGGUGACGUUGUCGUUACUGUAGUCGCUUUAGUUUAGCGGGUCAGUGAGUGCGGUGCGGUACAGCGUGAUGGAUUGUGCUAUAAAUCAAAUCCGUUUCGUAUUCAGCGCACUCAUAUUGUGUUGUUUUUGUACUUUGUCUCGGGGUACAGAACUCAGAUUCGUGACUUGCGGUUCCGUUGUGAAAUUAUUGAACAGCAGGCAUAACGUCAGGUUGCAUUCACAUGACGUCAGAUACGGUUCUGGGAGUGGUCAGCAGUCAGUGACGGGAGUGACCACCGUGGACGACAGCAACAGCUACUGGACUGUCCGGGGGAAGAGCAACACGGUGUGCCAGCGAGGAGCUGCGGUUAAAUGCGGACAGGCCAUCCGGCUCACACACGUCAACACCGGGCGCAACCUGCACAGCCACCGCUUCUCAUCCCCGUUAUCUUCCAACCAGGAGGUGAGUGCGUUUGGGGACGAGGGCGAGGGGGACCUGCUGGACGACUGGACGGUGCUGUGCGCAGGGGAGGUGUGGGAGCGAGAGGAGGCGGUCCGGCUCAGACACACUGCCACUGACGCCCUGCUCUCAGUGACCGGCGAGCAGUACGGCCGGCCCAUCAACGGGCAGCGGGAGGUCCACGCCAUGCCUCAAGCCAGCCAGCACAACUUCUGGAGAGUCAUGGAGGGGAUCUUCAUGAAGCCUAGCUUGCAACAGCUGAGGAUGAGCAGUGCACAGCUACACAGCGAGCUGUGAUUGAUCUGGUAAAAACACUAACACGGCCGAUCUGCACUGCAGGGAGAGGCGGCCAGCCCUGCAGUCCACUGCAACAAAAUUGAUUCUAUUCCAACCUUUAGGUGGUUGUAAGAAACAGAUUUAACACCUUGAUUGAGAGUUCGGAUGUUACUCUUUUCACAUUGUACCCACUAGGCCGUGGUGUUCCACUAUUGUACGUCCUUUUAUGUCUUAACAGAUGCUGACAUGGUUCUGGGGAGGGGUUUCAAUAGCUAGCAUUGGCAAGUGUUACAGAAUAACUCUCGAUUCACAUUCUAUCAGUCGGCUUUCUUUCUAAACACAAUUAAACACUUUGGAUUUUUGUGAUACCAUUAAUAAAUCAACUGGGGGAUUUGCUCCGGAAGUCACCGAGCCUGCCCCAACGCACCAAACUGUCGUCAGAGAACCAGACUGCCUUCGGAACAUCCCAUUGCAGUGCGAUUCUAAACCGACGUCCCUGUCAAAAACCACACUGCAUUCUUAAACAAAGAGGGGCUGGGGUUUAAACAGAAGCGCGCUGCGAUGCCAGGUUCCCGAGGUUUUGUCUGAAGGCAGUUUGAGCGUCUGGGCAGUUACUUCACAGUCUCUUAUUAGAAAAUGGAGCUCCUCCUCCAUGGCAUUUUACAUGCUUUUAAAGAAACUAAAGAGACUGUUUGAUGCAGGUUUUCAUAAACAGUAAUCACAGCAACCUUUAGACCUGCUGCUGUUAAAAGCAAUUGAAUAGUGUCCUGUGUGCUUGAUAAUAUAAAGUAAAGUGCGCGCGCUCAAAGACUGUGGUUGCCUGUGACUGGCAGUGUACACUACCGAAGGACACCGUGCAGGGCUUAGCUUUACCCUCGCUUUUUAUCUUUAUUUUAACCCUGAAGAAAAAUGACACACUGCAAACCUUUUACUUGAUUUCCCUUGACUUUUAAAGGUAAAAUUAGGAAGUGUUUUUGUGUAAAGUGUCAGUAUAUCUGAACAGUAUUGGAGGUUGUUUAAGAAACCCGCGCAGUAUUUAUGGCAGUAAGUCACACCAGUGUUACAGACAAACAGUGUUUAUACUUCUGGAAAUAUGUCUUGGAACAAAAUGUACUGUUCAGUAUUUAUGUGCAACGUGUGUGUGUGUGUGUGUGUAUAAUAUAUAUACACAUAAACAUUUUUGGAAGAUGCUUGUUACAAAAGUUGAUUGCCAGACCAUUUUAAUAUAGUACAAAUAAAUCCUGUUAUUCAAA